AUGGGGCAAUCUAUGGGUGUGGAUGAGAGGAUGGGGCAAUUCAUGUUUGUGGAUGAGAGUAUGGGGCAAUCUAUGGGUGUGGAUGAGAGGAUCGGGCAAUCUAUGGGUGUGGAUGAGAGGAUGGGGCAAUUCUUGGGUGUGGACGAGAGGAUGGGGCAAUUCAUGUUUGUGGAUGAGAGGAUGGGGCAAUCUAUGGGUGAGGAUGAGAGAAUGGGGCAAUCUAUGGGUGUGGAUGAGAGGAUCGGGCAAUCUAUGGGUGUGGAUGAGAGGAUGGGGCAAUUCUUGGGUGUGGACGAGAGGAUGGGGCAAUUCAUGUUUGUGGAUGAGAGGAUGGGGCAAUCUAUGGGUGAGGAUGAGAGAAUGGGGCAAUCUAUGGGUGUGGAUGAGAGGAUGGGGCAAUUCUUGGGUGUGAACGAGAGGAUGGGGCAAUUCAUGUUUGUGGAUGAGAGUAUGGGGCAAUCUAUGGAUCUGGACGAGAGGAUGAGGCUAACUAUAUGUGUGGAUGAGAGGCUGGGUCAAUCUAUGGGUGUGAAUGAGAGGAUGGGGCAGUAUAUGGAUAUGGACGAGAGGAUGGGGCAAUCUAUAGGUGUGGAUGAGAGGAUGGGGCAGUCUAUGGAUAUGGACGAGAGGAUGGGGCAAUCUAUGGGUGUGGAUGAGAGGAUGGGGCAGUCUAUGGAUAUGGACGAGAGGAUGGGGCAAUCUAUGGGUGUGCAUGAGAGGAUGGGACAAUCUAUGGGUGUGAAUGAGAGGAUGGGGCAGUCUAUGGAUAUGGACGAGAGGAUGGGGCAAUCUAUGGGUGUGGAUGAGAGAAUGGGGCAGUCUAUGGAUAUGGACGAGAGGAUGGGGCAAUCUAUGGGUGUGGAUGAGAGGAUGGGAAAAUCUAUGGGUGUGGAUGAGAGGAUGGGGCAGUCUAUGGAUAUGGACGAGAGGAUGGGGCAAUCUAUGGGUGUGGAUGAGAGGAUGGGACAAUCUAUGGGUGUGGACGAAAGGAUGUGGCAAUUUAUGGGUGUUGCUGAUAAGAUGGGGCAAUUCAUGGUUGUGGAUGAGAGGUUGGGGCAAUCUAUGGGUGGGGAUGAGAGGAUGAGGCAAUCUAUGGGUGUGGAUGAAAGGUCUUUCCAAUUCAUGUGUGUGGAUGAGAGGAUGAGGCAAUCUAUGGAAGUGGACGAGAGGAUGGGGCAAUCUAUGGGUGUCGAUGAGAGGAUGGGGCAAUUAAUGAGUGUGGUUGAGAGGACGAGGCAAUCUAUGGAUUUGGACGAGAGGAUGGGGCAAUCUAUGGAUGUGGACGAGAGGAUUGGGCAAUCUAUGGGUGUGGAUGAGAGGAUGAGGCAAUCUAUGGGUGUGGAUGAAAGGUCUUUACAAUUCAUGUGUGUGGAUGAGAGGAUGAGGCAAUCUAUGGGUGUGGACGAGAGGUUGGGGCAAUUCAUGGGUGUGGAUGAGAGGAUGAGGCAAUCUAUGGAUUUGGACGAGAUGAUGGGGCAAUUCAUGGGUGUGUAUGAGGAUGAGGAAAUUUAUGGAUGUGGAUGA